CCGGGUGCAGGGUCUGUUCUGCCUCAGGCACAAAGCGUUUUCCACACCGGCCAGUGCGCUCGCUGACUACCUGCACCUGUGCAACGUGCCCAUCUAGCGAUAGGUAGCCUCGGGGGCCCUGAUGCAGGACAACGGCCAGCAACUUUUACACUCCGCUCAGCAGCUUUCUCGCGGCCCCGCCCCUCAAGAACUGGAUUUCAUCCUUCUUCAGGCCCCCUUGCGGGCCAAAGCAGCUUCACCAUGAGCUCUCUCAAACAGUUCAUCCGCAACGUGCGCGCCGCGAAGACCAUCGCCGACGAGAGAGCAGUUAUUCAAAAGGAGAGCGCGGCUAUUCGGGCGAGCUUCAGGGAGGAGAGUGCAGACCACAGCAUCAGGCGGAACAAUGUGGCCAAGCUCCUCUACCUCUUCACACUUGGCGAGCGGACGCAUUUCGGACAAAUUGAGUGUCUGAAGCUCCUCGCCUCGCCUCGCUUUGCCGACAAACGGCUAGGACACCUCGCGACAAGCCUGCUUCUUGACGAGAACCAGGAGGUUUUGACUUUGGUUACCAACUCCCUCAAAAACGACCUGUCACACUCUAACCAAUAUGUCGUCGGCCUCGCCCUCUGUACCCUGGGCAAUAUCGCCUCCGUCGAGAUGUCCAGGGACCUGUUUAGCGAAAUCGAGAACCUAAUAUCGACGGCUAAUCCAUACAUUCGACGGAAAGCUGCUCUCUGCGCCAUGCGCAUUUGUAGGAAGGUCCCGGAUUUGCAGGAACACUUCAUCGAGAAGGCGGCGCAACUGUUAUCAGACCGGAAUCACGGCGUGCUACUAUGCGGCCUCACCUUGGUCACAAGUCUCUGUGAGGCGGACGAGGCGGAGGGGGGCGAGGAGGGUAUCGUGGAGAAGUUCAGGCCGCUCGUGCCUCUGCUUGUGAGGACGCUGAAGGGGCUGGCCUCCUCGGGCUACGCUCCGGAGCACGACGUCACAGGGAUUACAGACCCCUUCCUGCAGGUCAAGAUUCUACGGCUGCUUCGGGUGCUUGCCCGCGGUGAUGCGCAGAUUACGGAGCAGAUCAACGAUAUCUUGGCGCAGGUAGCAACGAACACGGAUGCCUCCAAGAACGUGGGCAACUCGAUCCUCUACGAGGCGGUGCGGACCAUACUCGACAUCGAGGCAGAUUCCGGCCUGCGGGUACUGGGCGUGAAUAUCUUGGGCAAGUUCCUGACCAACAAGGACAACAACAUCCGCUACGUCGCGCUGAACACCCUUGUCAAGGUGGUAGCCAUCGAUACCAACGCUGUGCAAAGGCACCGAAACACGAUUCUGGAAUGUUUGAGAGAUCCCGAUAUCAGCAUCAGAAGGAGAGCACUAGAUCUCAGCUUUACGCUCAUCAACGAGAGCAACGUUCGGGUGUUGAUCCGCGAGCUGCUGGCCUUCCUCGAGGUGGCGGACAACGAGUUUAAGACGACAAUGACUACCCAGAUCGGCGUAGCCGCAGAUCGGUAUGCACCCAAUAAGCGGUGGCAUUUUGAUACAAUGCUACGUGUCGUCACGCUGGCGGGCAACUAUGUCAAAGAGCCCAUCCUUUCCUCCUUCGUCCGCCUUAUUGCCACAACGCCUGAACUGCAGACAUAUGCGGUCCAGAAGCUGUAUGCAAACCUGAAGAAGGACAUCACGCAGGAGAGCCUGACGCAGGCUGGUGCAUGGUGUAUCGGCGAGUACGGCGAUGCUCUUCUCAGGGGUGGCCAGUAUGAGGAGGAGGAGUUGGUCCAGGAGGUUAAGGAGCACGAGAUCAUCGAUUUGUUUUCGACCAUUCUCAACAGCAGCUACGCUACCCAAGUUACUACCGAGUACCUUAUCACAGGCCUGGUGAAGCUCACAACAAGGCUGUCUGACCCAGCUCAAAUCGAGCGAGUGCGCCGCAUCCUCCAGAACCACCAGACGAGUCUGGAUGUGGAGGUACAACAACGGGCUGUUGAGUUUGGCAACCUCUUUGCAUACGACCAAAUCCGACGUGGCGUGUUGGAGAAGAUGCCACCGCCGCAGAUCAAGGAAGAGUCGCGGGUGCUGGGUGAAGCGGCCAAGAAGACAACCAAGGCAGCAAAUCGGAAAUCGAAAUCUCUCAAGCCGAAGGAGGAAGACCUUCUCUUCGACCUCAUGGGUGACAGCGGCGGUCCCGCACCGGCCCCGGUCAACGGCAGCCAGAAUACCGACCUUCUGGCAGACAUUCUUGGCGGCACCAGCUCGCCUCCUCCUUCGACUGCGUCGCCGCCCCCUGCACAAUCUAAUGUCGCCUCUAUCAUGGACUUGUUCUCCCAAGGUCCAGUCUCUACACCCUCUCCAGCGCAGGCGGGCGCUGCGCAUCCCCCGCCCAGCGUCGAUCUCUUCUCAACAGCAACCUCACCAGCCCCGCAGGCCGCUGCGGCACCAGUUGGCUACCCAUGCUAUGACAACAACGGCUUGAAAGUGACGAUCCAGACGCAAAGAAACGCCGAAGGAACUAUCCAAGCCAUCGCUCGGUUCCGGAACACUUCGCCUGCCGGGGCACUGUCCAACGUCGGCUUGCAAGCGGCUGUGCCGAAGACGCAGAAACUGCAGCUCCUGGCCAUCUCGUCGACCGACCUGGGACACGGGGCGGAGGCGACGCAGAUGAUGAGGGUGGCUGGGUGUAACGGGCCUCUACGGUUGCGGUUGAAAAUCGGAUACUCGCAUCCAACCGCGGGACAGGUCAUGGAUGUGGUGAACUGGACCGAACCGUCCUGAAACGCAUGGUGUCUGAACAGGAGAGAUCAAUUGGGGGACGGUCAGGCCUGAGGAUGUCGUGGACCAGAUACUACACACGUAUAAAGAACAAACGAUGGUCUCAAUACCGAUUUGGACUGGUAAUCUUCUCAGCAUAGCCCUCGGCUGCGAUUCAAACGGAACUGCAACUUUGACAGCUUAAAACCUUGUGCACACCGCUGUGGAUCUGUAUUCUGACACUCCGUCAUGCUGCAAAGGGUAAGGGCACCGUGGGAUCGGACUCGUGGGUGUCGAGACGACAGUUGUUCACCACUUGUAGGUUGUAGUGAGUGGUGACCAUUCUUGAUGUUUGCUAAGAAAAGUGGGUCGCUUCAGGUUGCUUCUCACUCUCAGAUUUCUCCCGACUUCAUCC